CCUCCCUGCUUUCCUCGAGCUCGGUUGAUCCUCGCGAGAUUUCAGUUCGGCUCUUAGUGCGGGCCCUGUGGCAAGAGGAAGAAUGACUGCUCGCUUUGCGAUUCUUGAUCCGGAACUUGUUACCCAGGAACCCCGGAAGAGGUAGCUCAAGCGAUAGAAACGUGUUUGCUGCCCAGAAGGGAAGGCGCGAGUGAGGAAAAGAGGUACUGUAGUUACACUUCUGGAAAAUUCAGUAUGGACAGUCUCCGACUUAGGAAUUUUCGACUUUAGGAUGGUGUGAAAGGGAUACCCAUUCAGUAGAAACUGUACUUCAGGUUUUGCAUUUUGAUCUUUUCCUGGCCUAGUGAUAAUGUGGUACAGUACACUCUUGUGAUGCUGGGCAGCGGCAGCGAGCCACAGCUCCCAGUCACCCAUGUGAUCACGGGAGUGAACAACCCAUCCUCUACUGUGUACUGUGUUGUCAGCUUUUUUGGAUACUGUGUUUUGUGUUUUCACAUUCCAUCAUGUCUACAAAAUGUCCAUCAGUGUCUCCUGUUUCUGGUGAGAUAAAGAAGAGGAAGGCAAUUACUCUUGAAACGAAACUCAAGAUAAUUGCCCAGCAUGAAGGUGGCAAGCCAGUAAUGGCCAUUGCACGUGAGUUAGGACUUUCGCAAUCCACAAUUUCAACUAUCUUAAAGGAUAAGAAGUGAAUCAGUGAUGCAGUGAAAUUGUUAGCAUCAGUUAAAUCCACUGUCAUCACAAAGAAAAGGGCUGGACCGAUUGAUGAUAUGGAAAAAUUACUUGUUAUGUGGAUGGAAGACCAGAUACAGAAGUGCAUACCGCUCAGCCUACUGAUGAUCCAGGCUAAGGCAAGACGUCUUUUUAAUAUGCUAAAACACCGUGCCAAUGAUCCUACAUAUACACAAAUGUUUAAAGCAAGUCAUGGAUGGUUCCAGCGCUUCAAAAGGCAUCAUAAUUUUCACAAUGUAAAGAUCAGUGGUGAGGCAACACGUGCUGGUAAUGAAGGUGCCAUAGCUUUUAAGGAACAGCUGCAUGGGAUAAUUGUGGCUGAAGAUCUUUGCAAUAAGGAGCUGAUUGCACUGGAGGAAGAAAGAAGUAAAGGAGUUGAGGCAGUGGAAGAAGUUAUACCCACGGCACCUAGAAAGUUCACAGCAAAGAAACUGGCAGAGGCAUUUGCUGCUAUCAGCAGCGGCCUACAGAUGUUAGAAGAAAUGGACGUCAAUUACGAGAGAUUGGCCACAGUUGACAGGCAGAUACAGGAUUGCUUGCUACAGAGAAAUAUAUAAUGAAAAGAAACAAGCUGUACAGUCAAAACUUGGUAUCUUCCUGAAGAACAACACUAUGCUUGCUAAACCAUCAACUAGUGUUGAUGUCCCAAUGCCUUCUACCACCUAUUCUCGACGUUCAUCAGAAGAGAGAGAAAUUGAGGACCCUAUUGCAUCCCCAUCAUCCAGCAAUUAAUUCAUUUCGGUGCUUCAAACAUUUUUCAGGACCACUGUGCUUUCAGCUGUGUACAUUAAUGAUGCCCUCCAAAUCCUUGGUUAUGGAAUAUUUGGCUCAUCCCAGUGCACUCGGCUUGGCUGUUGGAGUUGCUUGUGGCGUGUGUCUGGGCUGGAGCCUCCGAGUACGCUUUGGGAUGCUCCCCAAAAGCAAGACGAGCAAGACACACAGAGAUACUGAAAGUGAAGCAAGCAUCUUGGGAGACAGUGGGGAGUACAAGAUGAUUCUUGUGGUUCGAAAUGACUUAAAGAUGGGAAAAGGGAAAGUGGCUGCCCAGUGCUCUCAUGCUGCUGUUUCAGCCUACAAGCAGAUUCAAAGAAGAAAUCCUGAAAUGCUCAAGCAAUGGGAAUACUGUGGCCAGCCCAAGGUGGUGGUCAAAGCUCCUGAUGAAGAAACCCUGAUUGCAUUAUUGGCCCAUGCGAAAAUGCUGGGAUUGACUGUAAGUUUAAUUCAAGAUGCUGGACGUACUCAGAUUGCACCAGGCUCUCAAACUGUCCUAGGGAUUGGGCCAGGACCAGCAGACCUAAUUGACAAAGUCACUGGCCACCUAAAACUUUACUAGGUGGACUUUGAUAUGACAGCAACCCCUCCAUCACAAGUGUUUGAAGCCUAUCAGAUUCUAACAAAAGCUGAAUUUCUUCACCCAACUUAAAUGUUCUUAAGAUGAAAAUAAAACCUAUUCCCAUGUUCUAUGGUUGGCAGUUGUCAUCUUGGGCUUAAAAAAAGUACUGUUGGUUAAAUGGUCUUAGUGGUUCAAGUGAGAGGCUGAAACAAAUAUUUAAGAUGAGAGAAACAGGUCAAUACAAUUGGAUUAAAAGGGAGGAAACAGCAUUUCCCUAUACAUGAUUAGGUCCCUUUGUGUGUUGGUAGCCCUUCCCUGAGACUAUGUCCCCCUGGAGGUCAAGGUUCAAGGGUGUUCCCACUAGAGGCAAGCUGCAGUUUGUUCCCCUGCUGUCACUUUUUGGGUGACUGAUAGCCUACUUUAUUAAUAGAUAUGGCCAUCCUCAAUGGAGUCCCAUGGUUUAUAACCUGUUUGACUUUUUGUCUAAAGGUUGAGGUUUUAUAGCAGAUACAACCUACUGUGCAGUGUUUCAUAUUCACCUUCCCUGACCCAUACUGGUCAAAGGUUAUCAGCAGUGGUUCUAAAUCACAGCCUAUUAAAGGUUCUCACUUUCCCCCUUUCUUGUAACAAUGAAGCCAUUGAAACUUGUGGAGUAACCUUAUCGACCUUACAGAUGGAAAUGGGUGGGCCCAAGUAAGAAUUUAUGGUAACUGUAAAGUGAAUGUAGUUUGUCAUCUCUGCUAGUUUUUUUUUUCCUAGAACUUAAAGAACUAGACAGUUAAGGGUGCCUUUUUUACCUUUUAAUCUUUAGAUAUACUUGAUACAAUCCUAGUUAUACCUAGAAUAUGAGGCAGAGGGUCCCAACUCCCCAAGCCACAGAGCUUCCUGGUAGUCAUCUUGUUAGAAACUAUUUUUCUUUAAAGCCUUCUUUUAGGAGGAUACUGACAGUAAUUUCUAAAAUCAGUGUAUCCCCAAGAACGGUACUGAUGCCAGGGAGAAUUUUGGUAAUAGGCCCAUUUUAAGUGGCUGUACCUCUCUAUGGUUAACUGUAAUAUAAGCAGCAUUAUAGCACAAUCUCAAGGUCUAAGGUCAUUGGUGGAAUAUCGUGGGCAGAACACUAAAGACAGUCUUGAAAGUUCUAAUAUUUGAUUCAUUUUAUACACUUCGCACAGGCAUAGGACAGCACAGGAGAAAAAUUGCAACUGUGAAUGAUGCCACAAUAGCAACUAUUUCUAAACAGAAUGUUUACUGGCUCCAGAAGUGACGCAACAAAAUGCAACGUUAGGACUGAGUUGAACUCAAUGCUAAGUGCAUGAUUCUGGCUCAGGUAAUUUCUGAGGUUUGCCUCAGACUGAUGGCUCCAAAUUCAAAGAUAGUGGCAUUCCCAACAGGAUGGCAUGGGGUGGCUAAGUAACUGAUCAGUCAUGGCAUAUCUACUAAAAGGAAUAUUAUGAAAAUUCUGGUAAUUGUGGAUAUAUGCUUGUUUUCUAAUUCAUCUAUACUUACUAUUUUAUAGAACUCAUAAUCUUAUAGUCCUCAAAGUAUACUCUGCAGAACCCAUGGGGUCUCCACAGAGUCAAAAAUCUUUUCUUACUAUUAUUUUUUUUCCUCUGCGUUACUUGCACUGAUGGUACAAAAGCAGUGGUGGGGAAAACUGAUGGCACCUCCCACGUAUCAAAGCAGGGGCACCAUUGUAUUCUUCACUGACCUACACUCACAUUAAACACUUUCACUUCAUGUCCUGGAUGAAACUAACUAGGUGUUUUGGUUUUUUGAGACAAGAGUCUCGUUCUGUCACCCAGGCUGGAGUGCAAUGAUGUGAUCUCGGCUCACUACAACCUUUGCCUCCCAGGUUCAAGUGAUUCUCAUGCCUCAGCCUCCUGCCUCCUGAGUAGUAGCUGGGAUCUUACAGGCGUGUACCUUCACACCUGGAUGAUUUUUUAUUUUUAGUAGAGCACGCCUGGCUGCUAUUUUAUUUUUAGUAGAGAUGGAGUUUCACCAUGUUGGUCAGGCUUGUCUCGAACUCCUGGCCUCAAGCAAUCUGCCUGCCUCAACCUCCCAAAGUGCUGGGAUUACAGGCCUGAACCACCACAGCUGGUGGGACAGGGAUUUUAAGUUGUAAAAAACUCCUCUGUGGAGCUUAUGGUAGGUAAUUUGCCUAAGAGUUGUAAAGCAGUGCAACACUAGGCGAGGGGCUAUGUGUAGCUAUUGAGGAUUAAGGGAUAGUGAAAUGAACUUUAGGAACAUUCUCAGCCAUAAGCAAGAGCUGGAUUGACAACAACCAAUUUUUCAAAAAAAAUCAACUUAAGAUACCCAUAAUUUGGGCACCUUUAUAAUUCAUGAUGAGAAACAGCAUGUUAACUACAUGUUUAAAUAUAUUUUAUUUCAAGUUAAUAUAACAGCAAUGAUUUGUUCAUUUAAGUGAAAUGCCUAGAUAAAAACCUCAAGUGUCACUUGGCUAAAAUGUUGGAGACAGUAAAUGUAAGCCACUA